AUGAAUCGAGCCACUGGCUCAGCGGCAUCGCGAUGGGUCAACAAUUCGUCGCUGCCGCGCGACAUCGACACGUCCCUCUCGAAGGAACCGAAGACCAUGUCGUUCGUACUCCUACCGGUCACCUCCCAUCAGAAAAUUUUCGAUUGUCUCUCGAUCGAGGCCGCAGGCGCACCCUUCAGAUCCCCUCACAUUGAUCUUGGCGAGAUAGAAGGCCAAUCUCUUGCCUGGUCGGAAGUGUUUAAGUGA